AUGCCAGAUCUUUUGCUGGGGAAAGAACCAGAACCACAGAAGAGUGUAAGAGCCUGUAAAGAGAGUGAUGAGGGAGAGGAAGAUGCUGAGCUGAUCUUUGUUGGGGUGGAACAAGUCCAAAAUGAUGCAGAGAUCGUCUUUGUCAGGGUGAUUUCAGAUCCAAAGCCAGUCAUUUCAAAUAUUUUAAACAGAGUCAUUCCAGGCUCGUAUUCAAAAAGAAAGAAAGCCCACAUCAGGCAACAAGGUCCUGCUUACAUAGCCCCACAUGCAAAUCGGAUGACCCCUACAACAAAAAUCAUGGCCGCCAUGUCAGUUUCUCAGCCUGAACGAAGAUCAAGGGAUAGUCCUGUGAUCGCUAUGUCUUCAUAUAACCCUGAGUAUACAGCAAGCUCACAAAUGGCUCCUCACAAUGCCCUAGAUGGCCCGUCUCCCAGAACCCGGUGUCUAGCUGGAGCUCUAUCUUCUGCAAGAGGCAAAGAUGAACGUCAUUCAAAGAGACUUUCCACUGAAGAUAUAAACAGUGUAAGUCCUAAAAGGGCAAAACUCAAGGAUGAAAGCCCAGGGGCCCUUUCUUCAGCUGUGAGUCCUUCAAGUAGUUCUCCUAUCGUGAACAGGAGUAUACUCUCAAAAAGUGACAGCGUCUCAUCAGGCCGUGCUCAGAUGGCAUCGUUGCCUGGGGUUUUUGCUAAUGAAAAAAUACCUUUCAAUCUAGACAAAGCAAAGAGCGUCCAAGGAUUGGCCAAAGCAGACUCUUCAAGUCUAGCGUGUCAAAACCAAGCCUGUGGUCCCACGGAAGGAAAUUUGAUCAUGUCACUUGGUGACUUUUACUAUGGACAGCAUAGAGGAGAUGGGCAACCAGAACAGAAGACUCAUGCGACCUUUAAAUGCCUCAGCUGCUUGAAAGUUCUAAAAAAUGUGAAGUUUAUGAAUCACGUGAAGCACCAUUUGGAACUUGAGAAGCAGAGGGGUGACAGCUGGGAAAACCAUACCAUCUGUCAACACUGCCACCGGCAGUUCCCCACUCCCUUCCAGAUGCAGUGUCACAUCGACAGUGUGCACGUUCCCCAGGAGCCCUCUACUGUCUGCAAAAUCUGUGAAUUGUCAUUCGAAACAGAUCAGGUUCUCUUACAACAUAUGAAGGAUAAUCAUAAGCCCGGAGAAAUGCCCUACGUCUGCCAGGUUUGCAGUUAUAGAUCGUCGGCCUUUGCUGAUGUCGAAACACACUUUAGAACAUGCCAUGAAAACACAAAGAACUUGCUUUGUCCGUUUUGUCUCAAAGUUUUUAAAAUUGCAAAGAUAUAUAUGAAUCAUUGUCAGAGGCAUGAAAGAAGGAGAGUGUUUCAAUGUUCCAAGUGCCGGCUACAGUUUUUAACACUGAAGGAAGAAACAGAGCACAAAACCAAACACCAUCAGACAUUUAAGAAGCCAGUGCAACUGGGAGGGUUACCACAUCCAACAAAGGUUAUCAUUCAAACUUCAGUUCAACCAGGAUCAAAAGGGGUGGCAUCCAUUACUGUAAGCAACAUUGACCCUCCACUGUCAUCUAGAAAAACUCAAAAGAGGAUGGUUAUGAACUCUAGAUAGUCCAGAUUUCUUGCAGCAAGAGUUCUGGCUAAAAAUAGGUUCUACUCAAUGCUGGGAAUUCUGAAAGGCAAAAGUGAGACUAGACCAUCUGUACACUGCAGCCGUAGAUGCCAAGUCGUUUCAUCAACUGUCAAGUUUCACAUGGACAGCUCUUCAGCUCAGAAGUCAUCUUAA